AUGUUCCAUCAGAAUUGUAAGAGACAUCUAGACCAUCAGAAUUCGAACCAUUCAAUUAAAGGCCAGUUGAAACUCAGUAGUCAGGAUGCAGCCCCUUUUGAAGCACAAACAGCGGCAACUAUUGCAUUUGAUCGUGCUCAGAAACGGACGAGUAAUAUUGGGAAUGAUAUCGUAUCAAGUUUCACAAAUUUACACUACUAUGAUGACGUAACUCAUCGCAGAACUAAAAACGAGCACGAAAGAAUUAGACGGCAUCAUAGCGUUCGAUUUGUGGGGCCAAAUUCAACACAGAAACAAUUGUUUACAAGAAAGAAUGAAUAUAAAAUAAACAAUUACAAACACAAGCCUAGUGAGACUUUUGACAAGAUUUCUGUUCCAGAAACUCACUCCUCUCCUGACUUCUCACCUUCGAUUCAGAGGAAAAUUGAUGGUCUAGCCGAUUCUUGGAGCUCUAUAAAUAUAUUUACUGACAACGAUUGUAAAUCGCAAACAUUCAAUUCAAAAAAAAAUUUAAUCCACUUGUCAUGCUCUCUCGAUGCUUCAAAUUUCUGCAAACCAGGAAAUUCUCAAGAGAAAUGUUCUUUUAAAUCGCAUGAACAGUUUCAACAUGAAAACUUCAUAGCGAACAAUUCACAGAGUUUUCUACGCGAGAAAAGAGAGCAAAAUGAAGAGAAAUACUCGGCAGUUAAUAUCGCUCGAGAUCGCUUUUUGCACGAAGCAGUGCAGCAACGCCUACGAGAAAAGCCAUCGUUCUUUCAUCGAUCAAGGACCCCGAGACAAGAACAAGUUAGUCAAAACUGGGCUCAUAAAACAACCGGCAGUAGUAGGCAACUUACUCCAUCAUUACCCGACCAAAUCCAAGUCUCGAGGAACCCUAGCUUUAAAGGUGCUGCUCGUAAGGCUACGAAGUCGGUAAAGAGCACAAUUCAGAAAGCUCUUGGACUUAGCAAGGAUGAUACUAUUCUAGUUCCAAGCCAACAGGUUGAAGCAAGAAAUAUAUAUGCUUGCCAAUAUGAUUCAAAACUUUACACUGAAAGCAAGUCGAGCACUGAAAUUUAUAAAUCUGACCGAGCGUCAAUAGCUAAUGUUGCGUCCCACAUGCCGUCAAUCCAUGGCGUUGCAUCAGGUAAUCAGUUAAGAUCGCACGCUGGAAGUAUCAAAAGCUCAAAGACUGACAAUAGUAUUGAUAAAUCUCGGGUUACGAGCUGGAAUAGUACUGCUGUAGACUCAGUUGUCAGUCAAAGAAAGUCGCCUUCCCCACAGAAAAUAGAUACUUGUCUAUCUACUGUCGGGGAAAAAGAUGUUCGAUUUUCCUUCCAGUCGGAUCAAGCUGAACCUUCAGAUCGGUCACUACAGGAUAAGAACUGUUUUACAACAUCUGCUACUAUUAGUAGUGCUAGGAUAUAUUCAGCAUUGAUGAAGCGUAUCAAACCCAGUUACCCUAGAGCUAAAACAGACAAAUUGCGAGGAACUUAUCUUAAGCAAUCAAACCAACAAUAUGAUAGAAAGGUGGGCGAACCUAAUGAUUAUGCUGAAAAGAAUUUUUUUUUACCUACUAUAAAACGGAGAGUUUCAGGUAAAAUUGUAGAUACAGGCUGUCAAAUCAAUAUCGAUAAGAAGUCUCAUAAUUUAUGGGAAGACGAAAAUCAAAUCGUAUCUAUUGACAAAGAAGACUUAAGUCACAAAAUGAAAAAUCCAUGUCUUUCUCUUCAAGACCCAAAAAUGCCCCCAAAAAAGAUGCAAGCUACUCAUGAGCUAUCACAAUCCAAAAAAGAGAAUAAAGAUGAAACUUGGCCACUUGAAAUGACCACAAUUUUACCAACAGCCUCAUACACCCGAUUGUGUGGCGGAGAUAUAGAAGGGAUGGCUUAUCGACCUCGAGUCAAAAAAACAACGCAGGAGCUUACCCUAAACGAAGUACGACCCAAUUCGGGGGAAAAAUAUCGACAGGAAUGCGAAUCAACUUACAGUAGUAAGGGCUCACCCAAAAGAUUCUCAGCUUUACAGCUACCAAUUUACUAUCCACCUCAAUCACCUCAAUCGUCGGAAUUAUGUAUUUCAGAAUAUAAGGGCUCUACCAAUUCGAAAAAUGACCGAAUACCAGAAAAAUCCUACACUGAAAGUAUAUAUUCUAGGUCUUCAAGUAUGCGUUCUAGAAGCUCAGAGAAAGUCGAAGAGCGGAAGAUUUAUCGUUCCGAUACACCUUCAUAUGAUUUCCUAACGACUAGCCAAUCUGAUAAUUAUACUAGAGAUUUUCAAAGUUGUUUCCAUGACAAAUCCUCUUCAGAUAAUAUUAAUAAUUCGGUAAUAGAGGUGUCAACAAGAAUUUCCGGAAUUCAAUAUAACAACGAGGUUAUAAAUUCCUCGCUUGACGAUGAUAAUGCAAUACCUAUAACACCUGAUUCAUUUCAUAUGGGCCAUGUUCGAGAGCACACUCGAGUAUUUGAUGCGGAAGAUGGGGAAGAUUUUCAGUAUAAAACAAAGAAAGUCGUAUGUGCACCUAGUCCAAAUCAACAAAAAAGUGCUACCAUAGCAAACAAGAAUAGCGUAAAAGAAAAAACGAUGAGUAGAGAUGUAAACCACCUAGUUAAUACUACAAAAUUUUCUCCUAAAAAUUCAGGGGAUUUUUCAAUUAACUUCACCUCGAACACACCACCUGUUCCAUUCCGAUCACUACUGAGAACAGUUCAGUCUCAGGAUUCGGUCAAAAUAAAUUUAUCGGAAAAUACUUCCUAUAUACAACCUGAUAACUCUACUCUUAAGAAUCAAGAGCCACUUCGCUCACCAGGGAAUCAUUUCGGAAAAUUAUGCGACAAAAGGUAUCAAAACAGUAUUGAAAGUAACCAAAACCUGGCUAGAUCUCAAAGUAUUAGCAAGCCUGAUGGUUUGCUGUGUACUCAUAGUCUAACACACGAAGAACCGCUUACUUAUUUUGGGAAUAGUAUUUCAAAUUCAAAGCAUUCAGCCUCAGAACUAAGGAAUAAUUGGGAUAUCAAACAGCUCAAGUCGCUGAUUCCGGCAGUUGAAGGAGUAAAUAAUUUCAAUUUGAAAAUAGACGAGAACGUAAAAAUUAUAGAAAGCUUGGAAGACUACUGUGAGAAGGAAUAUACUAGUGAAACGGAAGAGUUGAGCGAUUGUUUUUUAUGA